AUGGUGGACCUUGGUAGGAAUCCCAAAAUCCUGAAAUUCACCAAGUUCUCUAGAGAAGACAAGGUCUCCACCAUUGAACACAUAGCCCGUUUCACGGUGCAGUGUGGAAAUUUGGGAGGAAUCAAAGCAGCAAAGCUCAGGCUGUUCCCCAAUUCCCUGACAGGGGCGGCCUUCACCUGGUACUUUAACCUACCCGCCAACUCGGUCCAAAGCUGGCAAAAGAUGGAGGAGUUAUUCCAUACCCAGUUCUAUCGGACUGAACCUGAGGUCACAAUAGCAGACUUGGCUAAGAUGACUCAAGAGUCAGGAGAGACCAUAGAAGGGUUCAUUACCCGUUUCAAGACGGUGAAAUACAAGUGCCCUACUCCUUUGCCUAAGGCCGAAUACGCAAAGAUGGCCUUAGGAGGGCUCAGCUUUGAGUUUCGGAAAUGGUUUACUGGCCAGUACUUCCUUGACUUGGGGCAGUUAGUACUUCAAGCCGUGCCUUACGAGCAGUUGCUUAAAGAGGAGGGCCAGCAUCAAGCGGCCUCGAUUAGAAUAUAUUAUAAAGAUUUCGCUGGUCAGGCAUUCCCGUUACUAGGUACUGGUAACCAAAAACAAGUGGACUACGUGGAAUUUGAGAUCGACGCGGCAGAGAUCUUGGAGGGGAAGCCAUAUGUGUGCAAGGCCUUGGCCAGACCCAGCGAACAAGCUAAACAGGCCGAAUCUAAGGCCGCACCUCAACGGAUCUAUGACUCAAAAGUAAAUUACUCCUUUGAUAUUUCCAAGGCCGAGGUAAUCUUUGACCAGUUGCUUAAGGAUAAGCAGAUGAAACUGCCUCCAGGGCACCAGAUACCUCCCAGUCAUGAACUGAAGGACCAGAAGUACUAUAAGUGGCACAACACUCGUACCCAUACAACAACUAAUUGUGUGGUUUUACGCAAUGCCUUGCAGAAAGCUAUCACAAUUGGGUGCCUGCAGUUUCCUAUAAAGGAAAAGGGGUCAUGGUGGUGGACGAAGACCCAUUUCCAGUCAACAUGA